AUGCUUGCGCGCAACGCCGUCCCCGGCCACCUCCUCCGCUCCACCGCCGCCACCGCCAACCCCGCAGUCGCGACGGCGGCGCUGCUGCAACGACGGUGGUACCACGGGGGAGCGGACCCUGUGCCAUCCUUCUACGACCCGCCGCCGACCAUGGGGAGCACGAUGCGGGAGGGAGACCUACACGAGCGUCCAUUGGUGGCAGCGUCAGACGACGACCCAGGUGGAUAUGGAAUAGUAUACAAGGGUUUCUUACGUGAUGGUUCAGUUGUUGCUGUUAAAAGGCUGAAAGACUACAACGCUGUCGGUGGGGAAGUUCAAUUUCAAACUGAAGUUGAAGUCAUAAGCUUAGCUGUUCAUCGGAAUCUCCUACGGCUCAUUGGAUUUUGCACUACGGAGUGUGAGAGAUUACUUGUUUAUCCUUAUAUGCCAAAUGGAAGUGUUGCUUCUCAGUUGCGUGAGCAUAUAAAUGGCAAGCGAGCUCUAGAUUGGUCGAGGAGAAAGAUGAUAGCAUUGUGUACAGCACGAGGGCUGCUUUAUUUGCACAAACAGUGUGAUCCAAAAAUAAUCCAUCGUGAUGUAAAAGCCUCCAAUGUGCUUCUUGAUGAAUAUUUUGAAGCAAUAGUCGGAGAUUUCGGAUUGGCGAAACUUUUGGAUCACCAGGAGACCCAUGUUACCACGGCAGUGCGUGGCACCGUGGGACACAUAGCUCCAGAGUAUUUGUCAACUGGCCAGUCAUCGGAGAAGACAUAUGUGUUUGGGUUAGGAGUCCUGUUGGUUGAGUUGAUCACUAGCCAGAAAGCAUUAGAUUUUGGAAGACUAGCAAAUCAGAAGGGCGGAGUGCUUGAUCUGGUAAAGAAGCUCCAUCAGGAAAAGCAGUUGAACAUGAUGGUGGACAAGGACCUCGGCAACAACUACGACGGGGUGGAGCUGGAGGAGAUGGUGCAGGUGGCUCUGCUGUGCACGCAGUACUACCCGUCCCACCGCCCCCGGAUGUCGGAGGUGAUCAGGAUGCUGGAAGGGGACGGGCUCACGGAUAAAUGGGAGGCGUCACAGAAUGUCGACACGCCAAAGUCCGUCUCGUCGGAGCUCCUGCCCCUGAAGUUCACCGAUUUCGCGGGGGCCAACGAGUCCUCGGUCGGCCUCGAGGCCAUGGAGCUCACCGGACCAAGGUGACCGGCGACGGCGACCAAUUUGAUCGCGUAGAUGCUUGCUUGUGCCUCAAUGGAUGUGUCGCGUUCGAUUAGCUUUGGAGAGA